CGCUCACUCCUGAAAACAGUUUUAGUCGAUCUGAGUACUAGGCUUUAAGGGCAGGGAUGUUUUGUUGUCAAUAACAACGUUCACCUUACCAUGACAAAACAACUUUACAUAUGGUAUUAAGUCGCAUUAUUUUUGCCAUGGAAGAAUUAAAAAAAAUUGAACUGUACAUUGACGAGAUUUACAGACUACGGGUCUGCGACCCAUAUAUUGGUAACCAGAAAAUCAAACUGCGUCAAAAAUGCUUGGAAUAUUCAAAAAUAUUAGAUUCAUUUAAAAUGGUAUCAUAUAGUUUAUUUAAAAUUACCAAAAUGAUUGCUAAAGAUGUUAACAAUGAAAAAAUUCGUGGCAUUGGAACCCAAAACCAGCUUAAAAACACAUCGGGUGGGAACCGGAAUAACCAUCGUAUGCAUCAGUGUUUAAUUUUUGAAGUAAAUUCAAAAUUACACCGCUUAAAAAGAGAGCACCAGCUUUUGCAGAAUAUAGAGUCUGAGCAAAUUGAGAUAAUUUCCAAUUUCAUUGUGAAUCAAUAAAAAAUUUCGAUUAAAAUUUUGAUUAAACUAUAUUAUAUAAAUAAUAAAAAAUUAAAAAAAUAACUUACUAUUUAAGGUGAUUUUUAAGGAAUUUAAGAUCUCAUCAGCCUUGACUUUUAAAAAAGUUCUGGAUGUCGAGGAUUAAGCUGGAAGAAACCAGAAGCUCGAACAAUGACUCGAGUGGCUCAAUCCAUGAAACACAUUUAAUUUCAUGGUGGCGAACCGCAUGCCCUAGCGUGCUCGUGAAAACACCAUAUAACAUACAUACAUAAAUAUAAUUAACAACAUUAAAAAUUUUCUUUGUGCGUCUGAUCUGAGGGAGUUAGUUAGACAGUUCUAGUUAGAUAAUUUUUCUAUGUAGAAAAAUUACGAAAGGAAUUUUUUACUUGUUUAGCAUAGUACUGUGACGACGAAAAUCCGCUGUCGCACGAGUGACAGGUGUCAAACUCCAUAUAAAAAAAAACAGUGUAAAAAAAG